AUGUUCUCUGUAGCUCUGCUGCUGCUGGCCGCUGGAUGCUGUGUGAAGUGUGCACAGCUGAAUCAGCCGGCCUCUGUGACUGUGCAGCCAGGUCAUCGUCUGACCAUCAGCUGUCAGGUCUCUUAUUCUCUCGGCGGCUACCACACCGCUUGGAUCCGACAACCAGCAGGGAAAGGACUGGAAUGGAUCGGCAUGAAACAUACUGGAGCUUCUUACUACAAAGACUCACUGAAAACUAAGUUCAGUAUUGACUUGGACACUUCCAGUAAAACAGUGACUCUGAAUGGACAGAACAUGCAGCCUGAAGACUCUGCUGUGUAUUUCUGUGCCCGAAGAGACACAUUCCGACACCGGCCCCCUACCUCCGGCCGGGUCAUGAUGACCGUCAUCAGAGACCCGGCGAACAUUCUGGCUCUGACUCAGGAGUUGUCCGUCCUGCUGGCCAAGGGCGCCAUUGUGCCGCACCAGCGGUUCCUGAGGUUCGCCUAUCAGGACCGCCAUUACCAGUUCAGGGUGCUCCCGUUCGGGCUCUCCCUGUCCCCAAGAGUUUUCACCAGGUGCGUGGCGGCAGCCCUCGCUCCCCUGCAGGCACAGGGUAUGAAGGUUCUGCCGUACCUGGACGACUGGCUGAUAUGCGCGCCGUCCCCAGAAUAA